CUGACUUCUAUUAUAUGUAAACUUAUGGAAACUAUAAUAAGAUCCAAAAUAGAAAAUUACCUAUAUGGUAACAAUAUCCUGGGAGACAGCCAGCAUGGUUUUAGGAAAGGGAGAUCGUGUCUAACUAACCUGCUUGACUUUUUUGAGGAUGCAACAUCGACAGUGGAUAACUGCAAAGCAUACAACAUGGUUUAUUUAGAUUUCCAGAAAGCUUUUGACAAAGUCCCGCAUAAAAGAUUAAUUCUCAAACUGAAUGCAGUAGGGAUUCAAGGAAAUGCAUGCACAUGGAUUAGGGAGUGGUUAACAUGUAGAAAACAGAAAGUACUCAUUAGAGGAGAAGAGGGGCGGUCUAAGAAGAGAGAAAAAGGUGAGAAGUGAAGCUCUAAACUCUUUAAUAAUUGGCUUAUUUCACUUCUGUUGCAGAGGAGAAACACAGCUAACUGAGGAACGAGUGAUUCAGUAGAGAGAGACAUGGACCCGACUCAAAGGAGAAGAAGACGACGCAGUAAUGGUUUUGAACCACCCGCUCUGUCCGGAGACUCUUCCAGAGAGAAUAUCCAGGUGAAGAGACAGAGGAGGGAGGACAAGGAGGAACUGAAGAGCGCUCGUGAAUUGGAAAUGAAGAAGAUCCAGGAAUUUGUUCAGCGGUUCCCAGAUCAGCAGAAGGAAACAGAAAGCUCUGUGAGGGAACUGAAGAACAUCGCUGCCUACAUUCGCAAUGACAAAGAUGCCCUGGUUGAUGGGACUCCAGCUACUUCUCUCAUUCGAAGAGGAGCAGCGGUCGGAGCUGCGGGUGUUGCAGCAGGAGUGGCGAUGGCUCCGUUCACAUUCGGAGCCAGUCUAGCAGUUUCUGCAGCGGCUGCUGGAACUGGCGCAGCUAUUGCCAGUAAAGGGGCAUCAGCCUUGAAAGAUUACAAUAAGAAGUUAGAGGAAAUACGUGAAAAUGCCAGCAGCAGGAUGACAGAGCUCGGCAGAUCUGCCACCACAGCGAUCGUAGCUGUUUUAAACCUAAAGAGACUCUCCGGGCUGAGCACUGCUGCUGACCCAGAUUAUGAAAAGGUGUUUGAAAUGCUAAAGACAGACUCACCUCUCAGAGAUCUGAUACAGAGGAUGGAAGAGUUACUAGGGGCUAGCACCGCCGACACAGCAGAUAGUGAGAUAGAUAAAAUUGCUGAAACCAUUUUUCCAUAUGACCUGGUCGGGUUCAUGUCAUUGUUUUCUAUCAUUCUAAGUUUUAAUAUCAAGAAUCAGAAAAACGAGAAGGCGCGUAAGAUCCACGAUUGUGCUGUGAAGCUUGAGAAAAACCUGCAGGCAGGGAGGGAGAUCCAGACAGCCAUGAAAAAACUUUGCAACUGAAAUGGUUCCAGAGUGAGCGCCGCGUGCUGUGAAAGAGGAGGCGCAGUCGUGUAGAUAAGCGCUGUUUCCAAAGGGCUCUGGAGCUUUCAGAGUUCAUUAAUAAGAACGGAUGCCCCGCCCCCUUCUGGCUAUAACGGGUUUCAAAAUUUUAAAACACAUUUUUACGUUUUAUUUUUGUACAUAUGUUUUUGACUUUAUUAUUGGUUGGGGUUCGGGCUAGUCUGGGCAUGCGCAGUACACACAGUAGGAACAUUUGACAGGACGUGACAGCGGUGUGUGGAGAUUACAGAAUGAAUUACCCAGGAUCUCAGUCCUCAGCGAGCCUCCGCAGAGAAUCAUCUUUUACAAUUAGCAUUGUACUUUAUUUUUCAUUAUUGUUGUACAUAUAUAAAGAUAAAUAGAUAUGUAUAGUUUUUAACAACAUUAAUGUGUAUGGUUGCUGUUCAUAUUUGUGUAUCAGUCAGUGUCUAUGUGAUUAUUUUGAGCUGUGUUCACAGUAAUGAGUUUUUAGAUUCCAGGUAAACAGAACCACACAAGAAUCUGUGUUGUGUCUCUAGGCGUCUGAGAACAAAUAUCAGUGAAUAAUGUUCUUGUAAUCCUGUAAAUACCUUUAUUUUUUAAUCAAUGAAUUGAUUCGGGCAGCAGUGUGGAGUAGUGGUUAGGACUCUGGACUCUUGACCGGAAGGUCGUGGGUUCAAUCCCUGGUAGGGGACACUGCUGCUGUACCCUUGAGCAAGGUACUUUACCUAGAUUGCUCCAGUAAAAACCCAACUGUAUAAAUGGGGAAUUGUAUGUAAAAAUAAUGUGAUAUCUUGUAACAAUUGUAAGUCGCCCUGGAUAAGGGCGUCGGCUAAGAAAUAAAUAAUAAUUCCCUAUAUGAAUAAAGUUCACUGUCUUAAAAUAAAUUACU